AAAUAGCCCAGGCAAAGAUCUAGUUGUGAAAAUUUGUCUUUUAAAAAAGACUUUUUAUCUGAGAACUCCUGUUACCAAAAUGGAAAAUGAAGGCUUAUAAAUUAAUUUAGGGUUAGCAUAGGCCUGUGUAAAACAGGUGAACACUGACAUUGUAUACGCAGCUAUGCCUACUUAGCCUACUGUAGCUUCACAUGGAAAUCUAUCAUGGCUGAAUGUUUUGAUACUGCGUACAACUGAGAAGUGAGAAGCCCUUCCCUACACUAGAGAACCUGCUAAGAGAACCUCGCCUGUGUAUCAGCCGAGUAAGCCAAUCACAACAUGAACUCGACGCCCAAUGGCUUGCCCGGCACUCCGAGCCCCAGUCCAUCCCUGGUCAGCUCUCACACAACCACAGUCUUGAACAAUGGACCUUCCAGCUCGCCCAUCGCUGUCACCAGCAGCUCCAGCUCGAUCGUGGCUCGGCCCACCCAGCCAGAACAGAUUAUUGUACCGGUGGGAAAUAUGAUUAACAGCAACAAGGUCUCGGAAAAUUCAAGCACAUCUCGUCAGACUCCCUCCUCAGCAUCCUCUCAGGCUUCGGCGAGCGCAACCCUGGGGUCAUCAGCUACCGACUCGAGAGGAGUGUUGGACAGGACGCGGCUGCGGGAGCUGGUGAAGGAAGUUGACCAGUUGGAGCAGAUGGACGAUGAUGUUGAAGAUGUUUUGCUGCAGGUGGCUGAUGAUUUCAUUGAGAAUGUUGUUUCAUCUUCGUGCCAGCUGGCCAAGCACCGACGGUCAAAUACGCUGGAGGCUAAGGAUGUCCAGCUCUACUUAGAGCGUUGCUGGAACAUGCAAAUACCUGGAUUUGGUUCUGAGGAAAUCCGGCCUUACAAGAAGUCUGUGACCACAGAGGCUCACAAACAGAGAAUGGCUCUUAUACGGAAAUCCCUGAAAAAAUAUUGAAAGCAUCCAUUGGAACUAUCACCUCUUCUGCUUCUGAAGUUGGUGUGUGUGGUUUGAGGUUGCACAUUUUGUAAAUAUCAUCACGAUUUCAUUACCAUUUUCACCAUUAACAUUAUUAAUGAUGCCCUUAUUUCGUAGAAUGAGACCUUCAUCAUCUGAAUGCAAGGGAGAAAGAAGGUGUGAGACUGGAAUAGUUUAAUUUGGAUGUUUGAGACUAUAAAUUGGGUUUUGAAUAAGAGAGCACAUGUGUAAAUUAAAUAUGAAUGAGAAACGAAGAUUAGUAUCUGAGAAGCCUGCGGUUUGAUUCAUGUGUUUUAGAAUUUUUUAAUGUGUGAACUGGCUUCUGAAAUAAUGGAUUGGAUAUGCUUCAUUAAUGUUAUUGUAAGGAAGGGUGCAAAUAAACAAUUUUCAUUUCUCUA